AUGGCGAGCUGGGCCUUGGAGCUGCUCGGCUUCUCCCUGAGCCUGCUGGGCUUCGUUGGGACGUUGAUUGCCACCAUCCUGCCGCACUGGUGGCGCUCGGCGCACGUGGGCGCCAACAUCAUCACGGCCGUGGCCUACGUGAAGGGGCUGUGGAUGGAGUGCGUGUGGCACAGCACCGGCGUCUACCAGUGCCAAGCGCACCGCUCCCAGCUGGCGCUGCCCGCCCAGCUCCGCGCCGCCCGGGCCAUGAUGGUCAUCUCCUGCCUGCUGGCCGUGCUGGCGGCCGGCGUGGCCGUGGUGGGCAUGAGGUGCACGCACUGCGCCGAGGGCAGCCCCGCCAAGGCCUCCAUCGCCGGCUCCGGCGGGAUCGGCUUCGUGGCGGCCGGGCUGCUCUGCCUGGUGCCGGUGUCGUGGAGCACCAACGACGUCGUCGUGGAUUUCUACAACCCCACGCUGCCCGCUGGGAUGAAGUACGAGAUAGGGCAGGCUCUUUAUCUGGGAUUUGUCUCCUCGGCCUUGACCAUCCUGGGCGGGGCCCUGCUGUGCACGUCGUGCCUUGGGAAUGAGACGCCUUUCCAGCCGCAUGCCGGGGCCGGAGCGCCUCCAUCCUCCAGGCCACCGAGUGCCUUCAAGGGCAACCACGCUCCUUCCCUGACAUCUGCGUCCCACAGCGGCUACAGGCUGAGCGACUACGUCUGAGCUCCUCCCGGGAUCUGGCACCGCUGCCUCGGGAAUUCUGUGCCUGGCGCCAGAGAACUCGGAAUGGAUGCUGAAGUUUACCGU